AUGGGACAAUCAGUGGCAUCACAAGCAAGUAAUGCUGCGAGUGCGGCCGCAGCCAUCGUCUCUGGCACUGGCGCAGCAGUUGCAUCAGUACAAGCGACAGUCAGCUCUAGCACCCAGCUCUACACCUCCUACAACGACAUCUUGUACGGCAGUGUCAGAGCUGUAGUUUUGUUGAGUAACGCUACUGGCUUCACCUCGUACAGAAGCGACACUAUGGAGAUCGACCUCAACUGGCUGGACUAUCACUCUAGCUACGAUACAUCCGUGGUCCCUGAUGCAUCUACAGCAUGGCACGAGUAUCGUGUCGACUGGCUCCCUGGGGCCACCAAUUAUUACAUUGACGGCCAGCUUGUUGAUAACACAGCUAGCGAGGCGAGCCCUGGCCUUUGGCUGUGGAAUGCUUGGUCAGAUGGCAAUGAUGACUCUGUCUUUCAGAUACGCAGUAUCGAUGCCUACUUCAAUCGAACAUCGGUAAACACAGAUAUCGCUAGUGGAAAUGCUAUCUGUAAGGAAGUCAGUAUUGUUACUGGUGCUACGUCUGCUGUCGGUGCUGCCACCAGUGCUGUUGGAAUCGUGGCGGGAACAACUACUGCUAUUCUCGGUAGUCUUACCAACUCAGCCUCGAGCUUAUCAAUCACCCCAACGCCCACUCCCACAACCCUUACUACCUCGACCCAGGCUCCUUCACUUUCUGCUCAGGCCACUGUCUCUUUCACGACCAUCAACUCAGCUUGGACAGGCAAGACUACAUCAACAACAACUCAACUCAACGGCUUAUCCGCUACUGUCAUCAUCCUUACUCCUGGUGUGGUCCAGACCACUGCUAUGUCUACUUCCAGCUCGGGCGGUUACGUCUACAUGACUUCAACCACUGAUUCGGGAACCUUUACUGCGGUUCAAACCAAGACCUUCCUUCCAACGAUAGGCACAGUAGCUACUGUCCAAAUCGUCUACCCUACUCCCGUCACCACGUGCGGUAAUGUCGGAAUUGCCUACGCCGGCUACACAAAUUCAUUCGCCGGCGGCCAAGCCACCUCGGGCUAUCCCAAAUUCAACCCUACCGUCUACAAAUCCGCCAAACCCUCGCAAACGGGCGUGACAAACUACAUUGCCGAAGUCAACAGUGGCAGCAACAAUGUAGCGUACUACAACCAACAAACCUCUACCCAAAACUGGGUCAUCGAUCACACUUUCUACGUGUUUGCUCGUCAAGAUGGAUACUACAGUUUCAACAUUCCCUACACGGAUGAUAUCCAGAUGGUUUGGUAUGGCGAUAAGGCGGUAUCCGGGUGGACCAGAGGCAAUGCCGAUAUUGUUCAAUUCUGGAGCAGCCAGAUCGCCACGCAGACGCCUCAGACCAUUGCCGUCUACCUUACCACUGGAAGCUAUCUCCCUAUCAGAGUCAUGUUUGCGAACGGAGGAGGUGCUGGAGAGCUGGACUUCAAUAUCUAUGCUCCGGAUGGCAGUGUUUUAUUAGCAUCCAACAGGGGAUUGGGUACGGGAAGCUCGUCGAUCGAUAUUGUACAGUUUCCUUGCAACAGUGCUUUGGGAGCCAAAUUUCCUGCUUGGGGCUCGGAGACUUGA